GGACAGCAAGGAGGCUGCGGCUGGGGGUGAAGAAGCGGGGGCGCUAAUAACGAAGGAGAUCUUGAUGUGGCUUCGCGACUUGUUUAACGGACCAAAGGUUCUGCCACUUGAUGAGGGGAUGGGCAAUCUGGCGGGGGGUGGGACACACGGCAACAAAGAGAGAGGUAAGGGUGAAAGGCGGGCGGGCGGUGGACAAGGCAGAGGGGGUGAAGGAGAAGGAAGAGGAGUAGGGGUGGGGAAAGGAUCGGGAAGAGGAGAGGGGAUAGGGCGAGGAGGAAGAAGGGGGGAGGGAGACAAAGGAGAAGGUGGGAGAGUAGGAACCGAGCAGCUAAAGAUGAAAUCGAUGGGGGCGGCAGGUCUGGAAGGAGGUGCUUCCUCCUCCACCGCUACAAUGCGGAAAGAGCGCCGAUUCUCCAGCGGAGGCAGUAACGAGCAGCGUGCAAAUAUUCGCGCGGCCUUGGAGCUGCGAAGGAAUCGCGCCGUAACUGAAGGGACAUCUCUCAGAAGGCGAGAUGACGACGGGAAGCGAACGUAUGCUUCGGCAGAAGAAUUCGUGGUUCUGGAAUCUUCUCUCGCUCACCAUAUUCUCUUGGCUCGGCUGGACUUCACAGAGAGGAGGCAGGAACGUGAGUUAUAUGGCGAUAACCCGGCUCUGCAUCCCCCACGGGAUAGUAAUUACACUCGACAUGGGGGAUUCAAUGUCUUUGUUUUGGAGACUGCUUUGAUAAGGCGCCGGCUUGAUAUGCAGCGUGCCCCUUCGGGUGGCAACCCGGACCACUAUUCGCAUGUUUGUGCCUAUAUUCUACAUACUCCUGACCACUACACCGCUCUUGUCCGUGCCUCUGGUUCUUGGGAAUUAUGGAAUGGCGGUAAUAUGGUGCAAACUAUUACUGCCAUCUGUGAUCUCGUGCGGGAAGAACAUGAUGACGGAGUCCGUGUGGACGAGGUGGUUUGUGGAUUAGGAAGAGGGGUAGCGGAUGGAGACAAAACCAGGGGAGGUAGAAGUGGUGAAGACAGCGGCGGUACAGUAGUCGGAAGGUGGGUAACAAACAGAGAUAAGACCAGGGGAAGUAAAGGCGGUGAAGAUGGGAAGGAUGAAGUCAGGGGUGGUGAAGUGGCUGAAGCGAACACAAGGGGGGCAGUCGCAGGUGAGACCCGAAGAGGGGACUCUGCAGGUGGUAAUGCAGGCAUGGCCACAAAUGCCAUGGAGGAGCACACCAAGACCGAGGGCAACACAACAGCUGUGGUGGCCACGGAUGCCAUGGAGGAACACACCGAAACCAAGGGCGACACAGCAGUCGUGGUGACCACGGAUGCCAUGGAUGAACACACCGAGACCAACGGCGACCCAACAGCUACGGGUCGAGUUGCUCUCGCAGAAUCAAUCGUAGAAGCAACCAAGGCCGAUGGGGAAGAGGCUGCGAACCGAAAAGGGGUAGCCAGGGUCACAAAUGGCAUGGAAGGGGUCAUUACGACUGAUGAGGACGCAGGUGCAGCAGAUGCAGGUAAUGAAGAAGAGGUUGUGAUAGGUGUGACAGGCGCCGGUAAUGAAGAGGGGGCUGUGACAGGCGUAGUCCGAGGACAUGUUCUGUCGGGUCCAACUAUCACGGCGGAACUGGCGGCAGUGUUGGUUGCUCACCUCGUCUCCACAGGGAUGUUGGACGGGGAUGAGGACCUAGAUGCAAGGGCAUACUCUAUUGAUUGGGAAAGAUUUUACAAAAGUGAUUGUUCGGAUAGUGAGUCGGAGCAGAAGAAUGCAGAUGAUGAGAAGGAAGACGUGGGGUUGUGCUCAAAUCUGAGAAAGGGCAACUGUGAUAGUGAGGGACCGUACAAGAUAGACGAUCCAGACGUAAUGUCGCCCCUGGAGAAGGGACAAGACACGCCCAGGCCCACUUCUGGUGACGAACCAGUGGGAAUGGACACGGGCGUGCCGGCCCCCCUGUAGAGCUCCUACCUUCAACACCAUGAAUGAAAGCCGCCCGUGAUA